AUGCAUGGUGCGCAAGAUAGAGGACGGCCCCUUGAGGACCGUCUGCGGAAUAUCAUCCUUGGCAAUGUCGAGAAUGUGGUUCCCAGCAGUCACGCGGAUAACACUCAGGCAUCUCACCUACGCGACGCUCAACCACUCACUGCCACAGAUGGAUCCAGCGAGUUUGGUACUGGCGCUAUCCCCCCACCACCACCAACACCACCGCAACAGCCAGUUCCAGGCACAAAGGGUGCGAAGAAACGGCUAAAUCAAGCUCAACGACGCGAAAUGAGUGCACAAUUGACCAUCCCAAUAGAACCUAGAGCAGCUGAGCCUGGAAACUCGUUCCAUAGCCCUCAAGGCUUCCAACAACAGCGUCACGGCCCUGGGUAUCAUCAAAAGUCAGCGCGAGCCCCUUCCGCAGGAUUCCGCGGUGGGUUUCAAGGUCACAUGUCCGCUACUCCGUCAGUCCAUGGUCACGCGAUGCCUCAUCAGCAACACCAGCACCAGAGAGGUUUUGGUUACCCAUCACAAUCAUCUCCAACGCAGAGUCACCAUCCUGACUGGAGACGAUCACAGCCGCUUCAAGGCGAGCCGCCAUCAAGAGGUAUCAACGUUCUCUCAGGUGAAGCCUUCGCUUCUAGACCCCCCCGAAAUACUCAAGGAGGCCUGUAUAAUCCUGGUGGAUAUCGCCAUCUUCUCGAGCAGCUCUGCAGUGUCGUCGUUCGUAGUGCUGAAAUCGGACAUGAUGAAAUUGCCGAGAAAGAGAAUUUUCGUGUCCAUAUUGAGGAGAUAUGCCGUCGCGUCGUUGCACAUCAGGAGAUUGAGAUCAAUGGAUUUCAAUCCUUCCCAUCUCAAAGCGUUCAGUUGAAGUGUUUUGGCAGCCUCUCAUCAGGCUUUGCCACAAAGGCUGCUGACAUGGACCUUGGUCUUUUGUCACCAUCCUCGGCCAUUCCUCCUGAUGCGUCCGAAUCGCCGGUUCCUCGGCUUAUCGAGAAAGCUCUGCUCGAUGCCGGUUUUGGUGCUCGUCUAUUGACACGAACUCGAGUGCCAAUUCUGAAGCUAUGCGAGAAACCUACAAGGAAACUUUAUAUGGAUCUUUUGGAAGAGCGGUUAAAAUGGGAGAAAGGGCUGGAUAACGAUGAUCAGGAUGGCUUGGAUAACGAUGCAGGCAUGGACGAGAACGAAGAUCAAGAUACAAUAGACGCCACGGUUUUAACUGCGCAAAUUCUCUCGACCGACCAGCAGCCCAAGGAAUCCGGAAUUCCCUCUGAUGCACCACUCGCACAAACUCGAGGACAUCGGCCUGCUUUGCUCAAGCAGACGCGAGGCCAGUCGCUGGCGAGCUACUACGGCCUCGCGAAAAGGACCUUGAGACGUAUGAAUGGAUGCGACAUUACGCAUUCGAAUGCUGCAGACUUCACCGAUGCAGACUUCAUGGCCCUUGACGAUCUGAGCUCAGCAUUUAUUGAUGGUCUUCAAGACGAGGGACUGCGGAAUCGCAUCAGAGCGUUCCACUCUUACUCGGCCGGAAAGCAGCAACCAAACUUUAGGUCUCUCCACGGGGUUUACAUGAUGGCUGAGGGAGAAAGACUAGUCAUGAUUUGGGAAGCUAGGGAAGUAUUCGAACGUGACUCGCGGCUCGAGCAUACUCACACCAAGCCUAUUCACCGCUGGCGAGAGCUUCACGGUCAGCGCAUGUUUGGCAUCGAUCCUCUGGCUUUCAACAAGGAUCUGAAAAUAGCAGCCGACCGCCUUCAUCAGAUCCCAGCGAUACAGUUGAUGCAGCUUCAACAAGAUGCGUACGAGUCGCCCGCUGAAUAUUAUGCGAGGAUCACGAAGAUAAUCGCUGUACUGAGUGAGACCGCUCUUCUUCCCACCGGUCCAGGCAAAGCUUCACCUGUCGUCCGAUGCUACUUGGCUGGGAUCCGAAAUGACGGGAUUCGCGAUGGGGUUGAGGAGUUUACACAGUCCACAGGCUGUCAGGACCUACGAGUCAUUGCCCGGAGGCACAAGGGCCUCCACCUUGCGGUUGAAUAUGAGCAAGCUAUUGAGAAGGACCUUUAUCGGCCAGAGGAUAUUCCUGUCAUCCGCGAGUAUGUCGCCUUGUUACGUCACAAGUUCAUCCAAGCGGCUCCACCUCACCAACCGGACUACGGCUUGCCUAUUCCCGCCACUUUUGCGCCAUUGUUCGACAAGAUCCGCCAGCUGCCGGAUCCAUCCCAAACGGUGCCGGUGCAGCGCAAAGAUCGGUAUCAUGAUAAACUAGAGUUUCCCAAGGCGGGUGUAGGAGUGCAAUGCGACAUCAACUUCUCAGCUCAUCUUGGGUUUCAGAACAGCCUGCUCCUGCGAUGUUACUCUUACACCGACUCACGCGUAAGACCUUUGGUUUUAUUCGUUAAACAUUGGGCGAAAGUGCGAGGUAUUAACACGCCUUACCGCGGAACGCUAAGUAGCUACGGCUAUGUCUUAAUGGUGUUGCAUUACCUUGUCAACGUCGCACAGCCGUUUGUCUGCCCGAACUUACAGGAACUCGCGCCGGAUCCCGGCCCGACAGGGACUGAAAUCGAGGGCAUCACCACCUGCAGGGGUCGCAAUGUACGCUUUUGGCGAGACGAGCAGGAGAUCCAGAGACUGGCUGGGGAAGGCGUUCUCAACCAGAACCGGGAGUCAAUUGGAUAUCUCCUUCGAGGAUUCUUCGAGUACUAUGCCAAUAGCAACAUGAUGAGCACUAUUCAAAAAACAGGGUUCGACUGGGGCAGGGAUAUUUUGAGCCUGCGAACGCGCGGUGGGCUUCUCUCCAAGAGGGAGAAAGGCUGGACAGGGGCGAAGACGGUCUUGCAAUCGCAUACGGACCCUCCGCCUACCCCCACGGGUACGGAAAUGCAGGGGCACCUCAGAUCUCCCAACCCUGCUGUACUUGAUUCUAUGACAAUGCCUGAUGCUCAAGCCGAUCCACCCCUUUCGCCGGACAGAAUCGCAGCCGGAAUCCCGACAAUCCAAACCUCAAAGGCCAAGGAAUUCAAAGAAGUCCGCAAUCGCUACCUGUUCGCCAUUGAGGAUCCAUUCGAGCUCGAGCACAAUGUCGCCCGUACCGUGACGCACAAUGGUAUUGUGUCUAUCCGUGAUGAAUUCCGUCGAGCGUGGCGAAUCAUCCGGUCAACGGGUAAGACGGCAGUGCAGGAAAACCUACUGGAGGAUGUGAACGUCCACAGCGAGAUCAUAGACCAGAACAGGUUUGUUGACUUGCUCACUGAUAUUCACGGACUUCACCCUUAG